GGGCUGAACUGAAGGCGCAAGUAGAGGCCCAGCCCUACCAGAGAAAGAAAGAAAGGACUUGGUGAUACGGUGAAAGCGGAAGGAAGUGAAAAUCAAAAGAAAUGCUAACAUGGCACUAAUAAGACAGAGAGCGGUGAAAACAUUGCCGAACUUGAUUCAAAGUCUGUGCUAUGAGUCCCCAAAACCGGCGAUCGACGGAAGGGGUCAAGCUUUGCCGUCGCUGAGACGAGCUUUCUCUCUCUACGAUCAGAUCAAUCUCAUCGACAACGUUCCCCUGGACCAACUCCGCUUUCAAGGGUUUACUGACUCGGGAUUCACAGUGAACGGGAUUGAAUACGAGGGUAGCUUGCUUUGCGUAGGCAACUUGCUUUUAUCUUGGUCUCCCAAACACUUGUCUCAUAUAACUCCUCAAAGCUUAUCCAUCUUCCAAAUUGUGCGGCCUAUACCAGCAGAGAUUUUGAUUCUUGGCUGUGGAAGGCAGAUUCAACAAAUAAAUCCAGAAGUUAGGCACUUCAUUCGGUCUACUGGAAUGAAAUUGGAAGCUAUUGACUCAAGGAAUGCUGCAUCAACUUACAACAUACUGAACGAAGAAGGGAGAAUUGUGGCUGCUGCACUUCUUCCAUAUGGAGUUUAUUAAUGAUAUACGAUGUUCAUGAUGUUUUUUUGGUUGCAACCUUCUUCCUUCAUUGCACACAGCUGAAAAGAACUUAUUCCCCUUCAUAUCUUAUAGCAACUGAAUUGUAAAAUGUGGAUGACUUCCAUGUGGUUAGGCGAGCUGGUGCUUGGAUUUUCAACCUAUGUGUCUCCUCUAUGCAUAUUAUGCUGGAAAUGAUAACUGCAAUUUUACCUUUCGGUUUUGUUUGUCAUAGUUUGUUUUUUGUUGCUAUAUUUCUUUCUUUAAUUGACAUUUUGUUACUCAAGUGAUGUGAUUCUUUCUGUUGCUAUUAGAUUGUGUUCACAAA